AUGGAUCGCAAGAAGUCUCUACAGCCUGUGACCUAUGGCAUGUUAAAGCAAUGCAUGAAGAAUUUUCGGCCAACAGACGAAUUUUCUACCUUUUUACCACGAGAAUACAUUUUUGAACUCGCCAGUGAAAAAAGUGUAGCGUCUACCUUGUCGUCCACUGACCUGUUUCAAGAGGACGAGGUCGAUGAGGUGGCACGCUAUGUAGCGAAAAAGGCACCAAGGCUGUUUCUGUCUCUAAUUUUCGCCGGCUGCCUUCCUCUACUUAAGGUUUUAGUAAAGAACAAGUUCACAGAUGUCGACUUGCCUAUUGCUUAUGAAGGAUCGCCGGAGAGCGCAAGCGAUAUCCAAAGACUGUGCCACACCGACCAACUUGAGAUCCCGUUCAAUUCAGCACGCCCUUCGGAAUAUUUCCGCCAGCUUGAUGAGAAGCCUCUUGACGACUUCAUUGAAGACCAGUGGGCAUUCAUUGCCCCCGCAUUCUCAACCAGGGAAUUUUCAACCUACGUUUUCCACCCCAGUCGUCGCUUUCCAUACUCGCCCCCGGCGAAACCAGUUCGGCAUGCCGGUUCCUUUUUCAGUGUCGUGUGGAAUGUCAUUUUACAUGAUUAUGGUUGGGACUACAGGCUUAAUUAUUAUACCUCCAAGUCACAAAAGGGAACCGAAGUCGCAAUCAAAUCAUUGUCUACAGCGGACGACGAUUCCGGAGUCAAAGUCGACGAGUUCUACAAACGAGAAGUCGAGACCCUCAAAAGAAUGACAGACAUGGCCGCAGCAGGUGAAAAGCAUCUGAUUCGGGCCAUUGCAGCUUACGGAAGCGGAAACAAGAGACAUUUUAUCUUUCCGUGGGCUAAUGGUGGCAAUCUCGACCAAUUUUGGCAGUCUUUUGACAGUACCAAGUCAGAUGGGAGAGACAGCCGUAUUGAAUGGUCCCUGGAGCAGAUGGUUGGGAUUGCUCAAGCUUUGACAAAACUCCACGAGAGUGGCGUUCGCCACGGCGACAUCAAGCCACAGAACAUUUUACACUUUACAUACGCCCCCGGUUCAGUGUCGGGAGACCUGGUGAUUUCUGACGUUGGACUUGCAAAGUAUCAUGAAGCUUAUACGCGGGAUCGGACCAAAUAUACGACAACCAAGAGCGUCACGGUUGACUAUCAGCCACCUGAACCUGAGAAGCUGGUGCGGUCGCGAGUCUAUGACAAUUGGUCGUUAGGCUGCGUGUUCCUCGAAUUCACAAUCUGGAUUGUUGAAGGGUAUACCGGCCUGUCUAAAUUCCGGAGCAAUCUCAAGGAUAAGAACAACUUUAAAAGGUUCUGGGCUUAUGGUGCCGAGGAUGUGCCAGAAGUCCAUCGUGUUGUUUUGGACAAGAUGGGUGAAAUGCAACAAGAGGGGCCUUUGGCUUACUUGACCCGGCCUAUGGCUGACCUUAUUAGCACAAAGCUUCUAAUCGCCGGGAAUACUUAUAACCCGAGUGAAGAGCAUCGCAUAUUGGAAGAUCUCAUCCACAUCCAGCGUUCGCAUGAGAAGAUUUUGCGGGAUGGGCCUGAGCCACCUCAGGCAAUAGGCCGUGAUCAGCAAGAUGUCUCCUCUGGUUCGAUAGACCAGGAAAGAACCGGCAUUUCAAAUAAACAUACGACCAAACUCAAAGAUGAAUGGCAGAACACCACGGACAGAACUCUAGCAAACCGAAUAAUAGCAGAGCUUGGUUGGCCCUCUGUGAGGCCACCGCUGGAGCCGUCAGUCUUGUGCGAAUUAUGCAAUAACUGGAAUCCUGAGACACCUAUAUGGGAACUUGGCCGUGAUAUCGACGAACUAAAACAUGGCUCCCAGGCGUGUAGCCUAUGUCAGCUUCUGCUCCAAUGUCUUUCAAGCGCUAAUUUGAAGAGUGGCGAAUUGAUAACUCUAUUUCGAGAGGAGCAAUCCUAUACCUUGCGACUUGUCCCUGGAGGCCCCUCGUUGAUAUCAUUGUAUUCUGAUCCAGGUCCAGCCAGUGAGGAUCGAUCAUAUCCACCACCUGGUCUUCCACUGCUCCCUCACCCAGCCAGUCGCCAGCAAUCCCAGUUGCUUAAUCGUUGGAUACACGAAUGCAAUGACACGCACAAGUGUAUGGUUGAAACGCAAGAUGGGCGUGCUCCUUGCGGGCAGAUGCCCACAAGAAUGAUUGAUGUCGGGAAGGACGAAAACUCCCCCGUUCGACUCGUGGAAUCUGCGCUGCUGCCCAAAGACAAAUGUGCCGCCUUGAGCCACCGCUGGGGAGAUGUUUCACAAUAUGGCCAAUUUUGUACUCUCGACAGUAACAUUGACGAUUUCAAGCAAAGUAUUCCCUACGACUACCUCCCGAAGAGUUUCCAGGAUGCUAUACGGGUCACGCGCGCGAUCGGUGUUCCUUAUCUGUGGAUUGAUUCCUUGUGUAUCAUUCAAAGGAACGCUCAAGACUGGGAGAAGGAAUCUUCUCGCAUGGAAGACGUGUUCAAUUCCGCAUACUGUGUCCUAGCCGCCACUUCUGCCGCCUCGUCACUGGAAGGGUUUCUAGGGGAGAGGGAGCCGCGUGAAUCCGUCAUUGUACAGAGUCCUAGAGGUCCCAUCUACGUAUGCAGAGCCAUCGAUGACUUCGACUCCCAUGUACAGCGAGGUCUUCUCAACUCACGCGGAUGGGUGCUUCAGGAGAGAGCGCUAGCUCGCCGUACGCUGCAUUUCACCUCAACACAGAUAUAUUGGGAAUGCGGGGAGACAAUUCAUUGCGAAACCUUGGCCCAGCUCAAAAAUCCUCAGUCGCAGUUCCUCGGGGACGCAGAUUUUCCCAAUUCCGGUCUUCAGUACUACAAGGAUGAAAGGAUCCGACUUAUCCAACAUCUCUAUGAGCUUUACAGCGGUCUCGGAUUGUCCUACCCAACAGAUCGCCCCAAAGCCAUUCUAGGGCUUGAGCGGCGAUUAGGUCGUGUCUUCAAGUCCCACGCUCAGCAUGGCAUCUUUGGUCUAUUCUUUUUCAGAAUGCUUCUUUGGCGAGCCCAAGAACGUGGGAAGCUUACUCGGACUUUCCGGCCAGAAGAACGGCGUGUUCCAUCCUGGUCUUGGAUGGCUUGUGCUGGGGCAAUCACUUAUAUGGAUGUUCCCUUCAACAAGGUGACUUGGUUAGACAACUUGAAGAACCCUUUCACCUCUACUGAAAUGGAAGUAACCGAUGAAUGGGAUGGCCGCCUCUUCGCUAAAGCAAAUGACCUCAUAACUUUUUCCUGGAGUAAGAAAGUUGAUCUUGUUCUCGACUUCGAGGUUCAGAAGCAUGGUUUCAGCAAUUGGAAGUGUGUGUUGCUUGGCAAAGAAAAGGGUGACAGUUCAUCCAACGGACCAUCUUAUUAUGUUUUAUUGAUAGCGGUUGUACCGGGCACCGUUCCAUUCAUCUGGCAGAGAAUUGGUGUUGGUAAAGUCCACCACACACUGAUCUCUCCCAAAACCAUUCGUGUUAUGGUCGGUUAA